AUGCUACGAUUAGGGUACAUUGCUUUGUAAUAUUUAGUUAUUAGUGAUUUAAAUACUUAGAAUUUGAGAAACUAGAAAGUUGAAUUGUAAAAGAGUCGAAGUGCAAGAAAUUUAUGGUAAAAUGAUUAGAAAAGUCCAAGAGUUAAUUUGCAAUAGAGAAAGUAGUGAUUAGAUUGAUUAGUUAGAGUUAGGAAAAAGAGUACUUUUAAGUUUGAAAAUGUUUAAGAUGACAUAAUUUAAAUUUAAUUGGCUUCUGAUGAGAGCUAUGAAAUGGAUAUCAAUGAGGAGAUAGAAAUAGAUAAAAAAGCAAUGUUUAGAGGAAUGUAAAAUGAAAUAAGUCCUGAUAGAAGGAAAACUGUUAGAGCAAAGCAUUGGCAGAUUUAUAAAACUAUUUAAUAUUAUAUGGAUGAGGAGUUGAUUGAAGAAGAUAAAAAUGAUUUAUUAGAAUAAACACCAACAUCCUUAGUUAGAUAAAAUCAAAAAUUAUGUUCAGAUGAAAUAAUAUUUUAAAAGAAUUUAUAAAUCCCAGAUAUUAUAGACGAAUUUACAAAAUUGUAUGAAACUGAUCCUCAUAAUGAUAAUUAUAAUCUAUAAUUAAUACAUGUAGAAGGCUGGGAAGAAAUAUGGUUAAAUCAUUAAUUUUACAAAGAUACAUAUAUAUUACUAGGGUUGAGAAAAUUAAUUGUAACAUUUUUUAAUACAAUUUCAUUAAUUUGUUAUAAAAUUACAACUAAUAUAGUAUCAAAUUUUAUAAUGCUAUUAUUAGUAUCAGUAAAUAUGAUUUUAUACAUAACUAAAUUUUAUGAUAAUGUUUAUAUUUAAUAUUAACACUUAUUUGAUGGUUGGUCAUUAAGUAAUAUAGAAUUUAUAAAAUAUUAGUUUUUUUUUGGAUAUAUGUAGUUGAACAUGGAAUUAAGAUAGUUGGAUUAGGAUUAGUUUAAUUCUUUAAAGUAUUUUGGAAUUGUUAUGAUUUAAUUAAUGUAAAUUAAUUUAGAUAAUUUUAAGCUUAUUCUUUUUGGAUUGUAUAUUUAUGACACUUUAUCAUUUGAUUUCUCUCCUUUAAGAGCCAUGAGAAUAUUAAUAUAGUUAGGAAAGAUAUCUUCAUAAUUAUAAAAAACCUUAAAAGCUUUAACUGAAUCAUUUAAAUAUAUGAUGGAAGCAUCAUUAGUAGUAUUAAUUUUUUGUAUAUUUUUUGCUAAUGUUGGUGUUCAUUUAUUUAGUUAAUUAUUAUUGAAUAGAUGUUUCAUUAUAGAAUAAGGUAUUUAAGAUUUAGAAUAAAAUCUUUGUGGAUGGGUAGAAUGUCCUAAUAAUAUGAUUUGUUUAAAGUCUUUAAAUAAUGUAGAUACUGCUACAAACUUUGAUAAUUUCUUUUUUGCUUUUGCUUAAAUUAUACGUACAAUUACAAUGGAUAAUUGGACAGAUGUAAUGUAUUAUACUAUGUAUACACUAAGUCCAAUGACAUGGAUUUAUUUUGUCUUAGUCAUUUUUAUAGUAGGUAUUCAAUUUAUUAAUACUAUUCUUAGGUUUCUUUGCAUUCAAUUUAAUUAUUGCUGUUUUGAAAACAUAUUAUUCUUAAAUUGUAUCUAAUUAUUAAGAAGAGAAGGAAGACUUAUAAAAUAAAUAAUCUUAUGUAGAACCUUUAAAUUUAAGAUUUAUUAAAAAUAUAGGAUUAUAUAAUUAAAUUAAAACAUUGUAAAAAAUACGAAAAAGAUUUACAUAAUAAUCACCUUCCUAAUCAAAUAUUUCUUAAAUUAAAUCGAUAAAUAAUUAAUUAUUUUCACCAAAAGGAAGUCAAUUAUUAUAGAAAUAGAAAAUAAAUUCUCAACUUACUAAUGGUUUUGGAUAAAUUAACAAAUUGUAGAAAAUGGUAAAAAGAGCCAAAACUAUUAAGGAAAAAAAAAAAUAACAAAGAUUAAUUCUAUCAGCUAGAUAAUAAAAGUUAUUAUAGGAGAGAGAGAAUGAAUAAAUGGGUAUAAUAAAUAGUAAUGAAUAAAGUAUAUUUGAUAAGUGCAAUUUGAAAGCUAUUUUGUAACCAAAAAGAAAUUUUAAUAUUGAAUAAUAAAAAUAUGAAUAAGCUGUAUAUGGAGAUGUUAAAGGUAAAAGAAUAUUAAUGAGCUUAAAUUAUAAUGAUGUUUUAGCAUGGAAAUUAGAAUUAAAAUAUUCAUAAUAUUAUUCGACAUCUAAAAGAGAUGUAAUAAGUGAACUUAAGGAAAUAAUAGAGAAGGAGAAAAAAUUGAAAGAGUAAUAUGAAAAGAUGAAAAGAUAAAAUUUAAAAUAAUAUUAUAUGUUAGACAUUUAUGAUAGGUAAAAAGAGAAAGCAACAUCAUAACAUUUGUAAUCUUCUGAUAAUGGAUAGCAAUCUAUUCAAAGACUUUAUAGCAUAAAAUAUGAUAUAAAUAUAAGAAAUAGAUUAAAAAGUACUGCUUUAAGAUUGAAAUAAAAAUUUCCAAUAAAAUUAAGUAAAAGAAUUUUUAGUUCUUAAUUGGACUUGGAUAAUUCAAAAAAUGAAAUUCCUAGUAAUAAAUCAUCAAUAACUCGUAAAUCUUAUUUUGAUCAAUAAAGAAAAUAAAGAUUAUUUUUUUAGAGAUUUCCAACUAGAAUAGUUAGAGGUAGUUUAGAUGCAUUUAUGGAAUUUCCAGAAUGGUAAGAAGGUUAAGAAUAUAUUAUAAUAAAUGGUAUAAAAUGGAAUCAUGAUGCAUGCUCAAUUUUAGUUAAUAGAUAAAUUAAUGAAGAUGAGGAAGAUAUAGAAGAUAAUCAAAUUUUAGAUUUGGAUUUCAUGGAUUAAAAUUAUGAACAUUAUAUUAAAAUUAGAGUAAUUUAUUUUUUUAAUGUUUAUAGAAAUAAGAAUUAGAACAAGGAUUUAUCAGAAGACAUAAUAUUUCAAUCCAAAAUAUUUUAUAACAUUUAACAAAGAAUAAAUUAAUUGCCAUACUUAAGUAACUAAAUAAACAUUAAUAUAAUAUUUGGAUCUAAGGAUUUUAUGGCUAUUGGAUUGUUAUUUAAUUUUAGUUGCAUUAAUUAUUGGAGAAAAAGGUGGUAUAAAUUAUAUUCGAUAUGUAUACUAUGAUUAAUUUCUUUAUUCUUUGUUCUGAUGGUUAUUUAAAUUUUGAUUUAGUUAAUUCAAUUAAUUCAGCAAUGACAUUUUUAUUGUUGGGAGAAAUUAUUUUUAAAAUUAUUGGAUAUGGAAUCUAAGAUUUUACUAAAAAAUCUAGCAAUAACUUAGAUACUUUUGUAAUUGUUUUGUGUUUGUUAGAGUAUUUUAUUUCAAUUACUAAGCCUUUUUGGUUGCAAUAAUAUAGUAGUGAAAUUAAAGUAUUAAGAGCAUCAAAGGCGUUUAUGUUAUAUAGAGUCAUUAAAUAUAACAAAUUUAUAGUAAGAAUAAUGAAGAUUGCCUAAUUAACAAUGAAAUCUUAUAUCAACAUUACAUUUUUAAUGUUUUAUGUGAUUUUUAUGUAUGCAAUAAUGGGAUUACAAUUUUUUGUGAAUAAAUUUGAUGAGUCUUAAAGAUUAGCUUAAUUACAUUCAUUUAAUAGUAUAGGAAAAUCAUGGAUGACUGUAUUUAAUACAAUUACAAAUGAUGAUGCAGUUGGUAUGUUAAAAGUGGCUACACAAUAUACAGAUACAUGGGUGGGAUUAUUAUUUUAUAUAUUGAUGGUAUUUGGUUUGAAUUAUUUGAUAUAUGGUUUAGUGAGUGCAGUGUUAUUAGAUGCAUUUUCAUCAGAAUUAGAGAAAGGGAAUCAGUAUGAAGAAAAGAGAGAAAGAAUAUUAUAGAAAUUAGGAAUUCAAGAGAAUAUUAACUAGAAUGAUAUUAAACUAGAUACUUUAUCAUCAUAUAAAAAUGAAAAAGAUGAAAAUGAUGAAAUAUUAAAUGAUAUUAAAAUUUAAUAACAAUAGUUUAUCAAACGAUAGACAUUAAAUAGCAAGAAAAGUAUCUAUUAAUAAGUACCUGAGACAGUUAAGUACAUAUUCAAUAAAUAGAAAUCUAUUGAAAUAUAGUAUUAUAAAGAUAUCGAAUGCGAAUAUUCACUUUUCAUAUUUCAUUUUAAUAAUAAAUUUAGAAAAUUUUGUUAUAGAACAACAAAAUCAAUCAUUUUCAAGUUUUUAUUAAAUAGUUCAAUUUGUUCUUCUGUAACAACUAUGAUCAUAAUAUCAUUUGAUAAUAAUUUACCAUCACUUCAUACUAAUAAUUUAAAUACAUUUUAUGAAUAUCAUUUAUUAGCUGUAAAUCUAAUUAUUGCAAUUACUUAUGUAUUGGAAAUUAUAUCCUAAGGAAUGCUAUUAGAUUAAGGAGCAUUUUGUAGAGAUAUUUGGAGAUUUAUAGAUAUUUUAUAUUUACUUAGUUAUUAUUUGUCUUUUUUGACUUUAUCUCCAUUUUUGAAAUUCUCACUUUACUUAAGUAAAAUUAAAUUAAUUUUAGUUUACCUUCGUCCUUUAAUGAUGAUCAAUAUGUUUGAAAGUAUUUAAGGUAUUAAAAAUGCUAUGAGUUUGAGUUUAGUUUAAAUUCUUAAUAUAAUUGGGGUUAUUUUAUUAGUUUUUUUGAUAUUUGAUGUAAUAGGAAUGCAUUUAUAUUAAAAUAAAAUGGGUUAUUGUGAAGAUUUAAUGAAUUUUAAUAUAAAUAAAGAUUAAUGUUUAUAAGAAAAUAAAACCUGGAUUAUCCAUCCAUAUAAUUUUGAAAAUAUCUUAAAUGGAUUAUUAACAUUAUUUUUAGCUGCAUCUUUAGAUGGAUGGGGUGAAAUUAUGCAAGUAUGUUUUAAUGCAAAUGAUUCCAAAUUUGGUCCAACACCUCUUAAAACAUAAUGGGCAACUUAUUUAUUUUUUAUUUUAUUUAUUUUUAUAGGAGCUAUGUUUUUCAUGGGAUUCUUAACUGGUGUACUCUUUACUGAAUUUUAAAAAUAUACAAAAAAAUUAGAAAAUAAAUAUUUGACAAAUGAUCAAUCAUAAUUUUUGAAAAUAUCAGAACUAAUUUUAAAAUAAAGCCCAGGAUAUAGUAAUCCUCCUAAAACACCUCUUAGAAGAUUAUGUUACAGAAUUGUGUUUAGUUAAUUUUACCAUAAAUUUUUUAUUGUAGUGUUAUGUGUUAAUACUAUUGUAUUGUGUCUUUUUUAUUCAGAUGCUCCUUUACAAUAUAUGGCUAAUUUGAAUAAGACUUAUUAAGUAUUAACAGGUAUAUUUGCUUUCGAUACAAUCAUAAAAUUAAUGGCUUAUGGUCCUAACAGAUAUUUUGGUAUUAAUUUUAUUUAAAUAUUAUUUUAGCCACUAAUUGGAGAGUAAUUGAAUUGUCUCUUUCUUUUAUUGCUGUAGCUGAUUUCAUAUAUGAUAUUUAUUGGGGUUGGUUCACGACCUUCUUAAGUGCUAAUUAAUCUGAUAAAUAUUUCUCUCUCUAUAGAAUUUUGUUUUGCUUAAGAGACACUCGUAUACUUUUGAUUAUUUAAGAAUUUAAAGGACUUUUAAGAUUAUUAAGAGUUCUUUUAUUUUCUAUGCCUUUAUUAUUUAAAAUCUUAUACAUACAAGUAAUUGCUUAAACCACAUAUGCUCUUAUUGGAAAAGAAUUGUUUUCUCAUAUUACUAAUGGAUCAGUUAUUGAUGAUAAAUAUGCAAAUUUUAAGAACUUUAUUAAUUCUGCAUUAUUAAUGUUUAAAUGCACUACAGGUGAUGAUUGGAGAGCUCUGUUAAUUGAUUGUUCUACUCAAAAUUAUUAUUGUAAAAAUGAUUCUAAUUAAUGUGGAUCAUCUUGGGCUUUGCCAUUCUUUCUUUCAUAUUAUUUAUUUUCAAAUAUUAUUAUCAUGAAUCUAUUUGUAUUAGCCUUAGUCGAUUAAUUUGAAAGUAUUUUUAAUUAUUUUAAAUUAGAUUUUUUUAAUGCUUCAACUAAUGCUAUCUAAACAUUUGUUGAAAACAUUGAUCAUUUCUGUAAUGUUUGGUGUAAAUAUACUUAUGAUACUAAAGGAACUAAAAUGCAUACACGUUUUAUUGCAAGAUUUUUGUUAGAUUUAAAAGAACCUUUAGGGGCUCUUUAAGGAGAUAAUGUAUGGGAUGCUGCUAAAAGUGCAUCUAAUUUUAGAAUCAGAUCAAAUAAAUAAGGUUAUGUAUAUUUUAAUGAAUUACUCUAUGAAACUAUUCGAUUUACAUUUAAAGAAAGUGUAUUCAAAACUGGAUCUCUUGUUGGAAGAUCUCAAAUGAAACAAUUUGAUUUAGCAAUGAAAAGAAAGAUGAAAGAAAAUAACAUGAAAUCAGAGUAAUAAUAAGAUUAGGAAUAUUUUUAAGAUGAAUAUAGCUCUAAACAUUAAAACUUCAAUAUUUUAUCAGAAUAUCUAAAUGUAUUGAUAGCUCUUAAGACAUGGGAAGCAUAUACUAUAAAAUUGAUAGAGAAAACAAAAAACCUUAAUGAAUACACAGAAUAAACAAGUUCCUCAGAUAUAGAAAAUAAAGCUUAAAUGCAUAAUGAAGCAUCAUUAUCUAGAUCAUCUUAAAUUAGAUUAGGUUAAAUAAUAGAUCUGGAUGAUUUAAGAGUUUAACGUAAUUAUGGAUAUUUGAAUAUUUACAAGGAAACAUAACAAUAUCAAUAUUACCAGCCAUGUCUCUUAUUAGAGCCUAUUAGUAAAUCAUCAUAAUAAGAAACAACAAUUCAAAGAUCUCCAUCAACACUCCUUGAUAAUAAAAGUAUUAAUUUUUCAAUAGUUAGGAUAGGCAAAUCAGAGGAAGACAUUAAUAAAAAGACAGUCUUCUUUAUUUAAAUAGAAUGUGUAAUCUUUCAAAGAUGUUGUAGAUAAAGUGUUUUGA